AUACCACUGACAUAUAUUAAAUCAUGCCACAUUCCAUUAAUAUCCGUCUUGAAUAUUCUCAAUGAUUUAGAUUAGUUUGUUAGAGGAUAUGGGCCAUACAUGGGCAAACGAGACUAGCUUAGAUGAGGUAUUUGCAUGAGCAUGCAUGAGUUAGGCUGAAGGGCCUAUUUUUGUGGUGUAUGACUAUCAGCAGCAGUAGCCUGGAAUGGUCUUGAGGAUAAUGUGAGAUUCACUCAUCCUCACAGGCAAAGAGGUUGGGCAACACAAUGGCAGUUAAGUGGGCUGAUGCCUCACAGCAGCAGCAUUCUUUGUGCAAUUCUAACCCCAGUGCUGUCUGUAUAGAGUUUUCGUAUUCAUCCUGUGACCACGUGGGUUGCCUCCAGGUGCUCCAGUUUCCUCAAAAGAUGUUUGGUAGAUUAAUUGGUCACUGUAGAUUGCUCCUAAUGUGUAAGCGAGUGGUAGAAUAUGGGGAGAGUUGAUCAGAAUAUAUGGAGGAAAAUUUCAAGGAAAAGUAACAGUACAAUGUGAUUGGUCUGUGAGCCUGUGUGGACUUGAUUAGCAAAAUUACCUCUUUCAUAAAGAAAUGUAGAGCGUCAAGGUAUGCACGUGAGAUAAUGGUGGAGGAUUGCCGGAAGUUAUAGAUUUCCCAUGUCUGGACACCACACAUAUCAUGUGAUCCUUACAAACUUCUACGGAUGCACCAUAAACGGCUCUGCCCAAGACCAUAAGAAAUUGUAGAAAGUUGAAGAUGUAGCCCAUUCCAUCACACUGACAAAAAUGCCUCUUUCCCCCCUCCCCAGUCUUGAAAGUGGGAACUACCAGACUCGCGAGUAGUUUCUUCCACUCUUUUAUCAGGCUUCUAAAUGGCCCCCAUCAGCUAGGCUAUUGUCCAAUUCACCUCCAACCCGUUGCAGACAUUGUCUAUGGUACUGGUUUGCUACGUUCUGAGAACUACAUUCUGCACUGUGUAUCAUCCCCUUUAUUCCACCUAUUAUACUUGAGUUUGACUCGAUUGUAUUUAUGUAUUUAUUUAUCUGAUUUGAUUAGAUAGCUUGUAAAAUAAAGCAUUUUACUGUACCUUGGUUUACAUGACAAUAAACCAAAACCUAAAAUCUCAAGUGAUGUGAAAGAGUGCAGUUUUGAGUUUUGACCUCUAGAUGGCACAUUCUCAGGGAAUGAGGUUUUAAAACCAUGUUCUGUGAGUAAAUAAGAACCAGUGAGUUUGAACAUUUCACAGGCGAUAGAGACAUUUUUCAUACUGCUCUAUUGUUGAUGCCAUCUGUGGAAUUCUAUGGUGAAAAACGUGCUAGGAUAAACGGAAAUCUCGUGAAAAAAAAAUCAGAUGUCAAUUUUUCUUUUAGUGGGUACUAAAAUACCCUGGCAUGUUUAUAAAACUGCUCAGUUCUGGAUUAAGGUGAACUUCCCUCCAUUUCUCUUUGAAGUGCUGUUAUUUGCUUCUAUUGAUGAAUCAAAAAGCUCAGCUAAAGUUGGCAAUGGUGUUGUCAUUUUCACCUUGUACAAAAAAGAAUCUACAAUGUGGGAACAACUUACAACAGUUGAAGUUGAUAAGGAAAAGUUGCGAGAAAAGCGGGAGCGAGCCAUUCUUUCUGCUCAAGAGAAGGCACAAGACGCUGUAAAAGAAAAAGCAGUUAAAAAGCGAGAAAAUGAGAAGUACUCAUUGGAAAAGAUGAUGAAGAUAGAGGACAAGAAUAGAGAACAGAUUGAAGAAUUGAAAAGACAAGAGCAAAGAAAAGCCACUGAAGAAUUAGAAAAGUGGAAACUUCAGAAGUGUGAAGAAGAGGAACUAAAGAGAAAAGUGGAACUAAAGAGAAAGGAGGAAAUAAGGAUUGCAAGGCAAAUAGCUGAGGCAGAACAAAAGAAGAAGAAAAGCGAAAAUAAAGUACAAAAUUCUGCCUCUCAAGCACCACACAAGCACUCUCUCAAAGGAGGCAAUGCUGGCGAUAUAUUUACUGAAAACACGAAGGAAAAAAUCAUACCAUGUCCACGUUCAUCGGGCACUAUACAAAUACAUUUCACACCACGGGUUUUUCCGACUGCGCUGCGAGAAUCCCUCAUUGCUGAGGAAGAGGAGUGGCUAAGAAAACAAGCAGAAGCUAGGCGAGCCAAUAAUGCAGAUGCCCCUGACCUUAAAGAUUUAAAAGAGGAAGAAAAAAAUCCAGAAUGGCUGAAGGACAAAGGGAACAAGCUGUUUGCUUCAGGAGAUUAUCUCGCAGCUAUAAAUGCUUAUAAUUUGGGAAUAAGAUUGAACAACAAACUUCCAGCUUUGUAUCUAAAUCGGGCUGCAACCCACCUUAAGCUAAGAAAUUUACACAAAGCCCUUGAAGACUGUUCCAAGGCACUUGAUUUAUUAACUCCUGCAGUUCCAGACAAUGCUGAUAGCAGAUUGAAGGCCCAUGUUAGAAGAGGGACAGCAUUUUGUGAGUUGGAAUUGUAUGUGGAGGGUCUUCAAGAUUAUGAAGCAGCUCUCAAGAUUAAGCCAAGCAACACUACAAUACGAGCGGAUGCAGAGAAGAUACGUCGAGUGAUUCAAGGAAAUCCUCCUGAACCGUGAAGGCAAUAUGAAAAAUGCCUCGGAUUAAUAUAGUUAACUAUCAUAUUUCUAUCUUUUUCAUUUUUGUUAAGACUUACAAAGAUUUGUAAUUCAUGACAGCAUCUUUUGACUUUCUCAGACAAUAAUGUUUAAAUAAGAUGGUCAGCAUUCAAUAUUGGUGCUAUUCUACUUGCAUGAAGUAAAGUUGAAUGCUAUUUUGGAUUCAGGAACAUUCAUUUGCGAGCUGAGCAUUGACUAGGUAGAGUGAAGGAGCUGUAUUUCUAUUCCUUUAUCUAAGUAAGAUUGCCGGUUACCAUGUUGCCACCAAAAAACAAGUUUUUAAGAAUAAUCACACAUUUUGUUACACUUUCCAGAUCUCAGAUUUUCAUGCACCUAAAGGGGACCUUAUUUGUCACUCUUCCAAUACACAGAGGAGGAAUUAUUUGUUUUCUCGGUCAAUAUGUUGCACAAGAAACUUACUACAGAAACUAGUUCAGCACUUUUUGGGACCAAAUAAGACAUGGGUUCAACCAUGACCUGUCUGUGAGGAGGUUGCACGUUCCCCCUUUGACUUCCUGGUUUCUCUCAGUGUUCCAUUUUCCUUCCAUCUCUCAAAAACGUACAAGUUGGUUGGUUAGUUGGUUGCUGUAAAUUAUCAAUAUUGUUUAGACAAAAAAUGCAGGAGUAACUCAACAGGUCAGGCAGCAUCUCUGGAGAAAAGGAAUAGCUGGUGUAUUGGGUCAAGAUCCUUCUUCAGAUCCUGAUGAAGAGUCUUGACCCGAAACGUCACCUAUUCCUUUUCUCCCGAGAUGCAGUCCGACCUGCGGAGUUACUCCAGCAUUUUGUGUCCGUCUGCAGUGUAAACCAGCAUCUGCAGUUCCUUCUUGCACCUAUUGUGCAGUAUAAGUGUAAUAAGUAGAAUUCUAUUGAGUAGAAUCCGAGGGUAGAGAGGGCUGAUUGGAUUUUGUAGAGAAUUAAAUACACUAGGAUUAGUAGAAUUGGGUGCUUGGUGGUUGGCACAGACUCAAUGGGCCAAAGGGCCUGUUUUUGUGCUGUGGCUAUUUUACCCUAAGAGUCAAAUCUUUAAUGUUUCCUGUUCAUUUUUGUGAGCAGUCUAAGAUGCUUCUGAUAUUUGCCAAACAACAAUAAAUGUUCAUAAAGUUUUGGAAUACCCUAUAAUUUGAUAUUUUACCACCCGAGAAAUUGAAAUAGAUGAAUAAUGCAACAAUGGCGCAUUUAGUAAAUUUGAAUAAUUCAACUAAAUGCAAACUAUAUUUAAGUCGUAUAUUAUAUUUUAAAAUAAAUAAAUGUUAUAAAGUCUUGAAAGAUGUUGCAAAGUCUUUCUGAAAACACCCACUCGGUAUACUUUGGAAUGGGUAAACGGAGAAAGAUACUGUCUAUAAUAUAUUGUCAUGUUCUUUUAGUAGUCUUUUUAAACACAAAAUGUUAAAUCAAUUAAAUAUUUAUUUUGUUUGAAAGGAGAAUCCUGUAAUAUAUGAAUGAAUAUAAAUAGUAAAACAGUGUUAAAAGACAAGGAUAGAAGACUGAAAUUAACUCAACUGUCAGCUAUGUUUUCGACACGAUAGAAGUAUUCGAUAAGCAAUAAAAGCAUUGUGGACAAAUAGCUGAAGACGUAAAUUAAAGGUUAGACCAACACCAAUGCAGACAAUAUAACUUUUGGUGGAUUUAAGGUGUUCAGGCUUUAUUUUAAAAUAAUCUAUUAAUAGUCAAAAUGCCAUAAUCGCCCUGCAUUUUUCAAAAGUAUAUCCAAGAUAUAACCUGAAGUAUUUUAUUGAUAAAUAUAAUUUUAUAUUGAACUGAACCAAAAAAAAAUCAUGAUUUGGUAAUAUUACAAUAAACUAUUAUGUAAGAAUUGCACUUUCAGUACCUCCUGUCAGACAAUGUUAAUGGAAGCCAACCUUUCCUUUGCAGCAGGCAUUUUUGAAUAUAUUGUUUUAGUUAAUCUCCUUUUAAACUGAGAAAUAUAAGGCAACAAAAAAUACAUUGCUCCAAAAAAGUUAUUGGAGCCCUUACAAUAACAUCAAAGAGUUGGUUCUUAAGUCAUAAAAUGCUGUAAAUACUUGGCAGCUUAGAUUGCAUCAGUGGGAAAAGAAACAAGAGCUAGGUUUCAUGUCAGAGACACUUCAUCAGAACUGGUAAGGAGACAAAAGAAGUUUGUUAAGUUGGGGGGGGGGGGGGGGG